AGGAGACUGUCUAUUCUCGGAUAAGCUUCUAACUCAGUUGAUCCCCGUCUAACGGACUAGUCGCGGCUUCUGGUGGCUCCCCGUUUGAACCCCUGGACCGUGGUCCCUAAUCCAGUGUUGACUCUUGCUAUCGACACUUCAGAAUAAGGUCCAAACCCAAACUUCCCACGAGAUUAUCCACCACGGUGGGGUUUCACUUUGGGUUUGUUUUCCCCCUGGGAAUAAUAAUAAACAAGACCCCUCGGUAGCUGCCCAACAGCUGGAACUGGGUCCAGACUGGGGUUGUUGAUUUCUAGAGACCGGCUCCUACUCGUUCGACCGUCCUAGAAUCCUAGAAAAUCCUCCGACGGCCUCACCCGGCUUCUCUAGUGUCGAUAGUCCUUCAAAUACGCCAUGAUUAUUGCUGGUCUGUGACCGGUCUCACUCAAUUUGCUCACCUUCAUCCAUUGUGCUGCCUCGACGUUUCACUCCGAGUCGCUCUCGCUCCACCCCUUUCACUCCCUGCUGACCGUCCCUUGCGACCGCCUCUUGCUCCGACUCUCCCUGCGUCCUCGUCCCCCCCUUCUGCUAAAUUUUCCUACUUUCCCGUCCUCUGAAAAAUCCUCGACGAGGACGGCCGACAACGCUUCUCUCCACCGUCUGCCCCCUCCCCGCACCAUACCAACAUUCCAAUGGCGCCCCUCGACGAGGUCCAGGUCGGAGACCUGGUGAAUGUUCCCGGUAGCAUGUACGGAACGGUCCGAUAUCUCGGGACUGUCGCCGGAAAGCCGGGGAAGUUCGCUGGGAUUGAAUUGGCGGCGGAGCAUGCCAGACGCGGGAAGAACAGUGGUGACGUGGAUGGGAAGAAGUACUUUGCGACGUCCAUCGCCGGGUCGGGCAUCUUCGUGCCCAUGAACAACAACAAAUAUGUCUGCAAACGGUCGUCCGGGUCGUCCUCCAUGGGCCCGUCCGCCAACCCGCCCACCCCCUCCCGACCGGUCAACUUCAGCAAGUCCGUGGGCCCCGGUACGAGUCCCGCCGUGCGGCCCCCGCGAGUGAGACGGCCCUCAUUACCGCGACCAGAAUCCCCCCGGGGUCCGCCUCCCUCCAAACUCAGCCUGGCCGGACUACGCACCCCGUCCGCCGCCGCCCGUUCUGCUCCGAGCUCGAACGGUUAUCCGCGGAGUCCCGUGAAAGGAAGCCCCGUCAAGGCUCCGUCUCGGGCCUCCGAUCGUCCGCCCUCGCGAGUGAGCCUGGAGGAUGACGCCGUGUCGACCAGAACCUCGGAUUUCCCCAUCCGCACGUCCAAUGUGGCCGAGAUACAAGGCUUGAAAGACCGUGUGUCGAACCUCGAGCAACAGCUGUCGGAUCGCGACCAACAGCUGGGCGAACAGGCCGGGGCGCUAUCCGAAUUCCAGCAUCUGCUGGAGGAGCUCGAGGGCUCCGAUGCCCUCUCGGUCCGGGCCCAGCUGCGGGAGAAGAACGACAGGAUCGCGCAGUUGAUGGCCGAGUUCGAUCUGCACCGAGCCGACUUCCGCAGUACUCUCGACACCUUGGAAAUCGCCGCGUCGGAAACUGAGCGGGUAUACGAACAGCGGCUCGAGGAGGUGAUGCAGCACAACCGGGAACUGCAAGAUCGCGGGGAGGAUGUCGAGGAGGUGGCCCGGCAGCUAAAGCAGCUCGAAGAGCUCGUGUCGGAGCUCGAGGAAGGUCUCGAGGAUGCCCGCCGUGGAGAGGCCGAGGCUCGGGCGGAAGUGGAAUUCCUUCGAGGCGAAGUGGAGAGGACCAAGCUCGAGCUACAGCGAGAGCGAGAGAACUCUGCAGGCCCUCGAUCCAGCACGGGUGGGCCCCGUCAAUCUCGGGAGCUGGAUCAGAAGGACGACGAGAUCCGCGGGUUGAAGGCCAUCAUCCAUUCUUUGAGUCGGGGAGAUCCUGACAUCCAUGCGCUUCAGCAGAAUGGGCUCAAGUCCCAGGGCGACCACGACCCUCAGCACCUGGCCGACUUGGAGCAACAGGUCCAAGAGCUCGAACGCCUGACUGAACAGAAGACCUACCGGAUCGAGGAGCUGGAGCGGGAGCUGCAACAGUCCCAGACCAACGGUAACAGUCGGACCCGCAGCUCGACAGUCACUGUUGCGGCCCCCCACCACCAAAAGACCGGGUCCACGUCGAAGGCUAGCAACCACCUUACUAGCAACCACUCGCAUCGCCUGUCGGAUCGCACCGUGGUCCCUAGUGACUGGCACGAUGCUCCCGAGCCGGAUGACGAUUACCAACCCUAUCCUCCCCAACGCACGGCCCCGGAUGCCUCGCACCGUCGCCUCGAGACAAUGCCCGAGUCCGACAGCCGCUCGGACGACGGCAAUUCCAUGUGGUGUGAGAUCUGCGAAACCGGGAAUCAUGAUAUUCUGAGUUGCUCCAACAUGUUCGGUGCGCAGAACAAGAACAAAGACGCACCGUCCAAGGGGCCUUCCCAGUAUGAGACCGCGACGGAAGACAAGCCGACCUCGGAGAGCUCGGCGGCUGGGGACGCGACUCCUUCGAGCCAAAGUGAGAGCACAACCCCCCAGAAGACCGGCCGCGAUGUGGUGGCAGAGGGACUGAAAGGAGUCGGCAUGGCCAUGUCGUCGUCCAUGUCAACAACCUCCAUGGCCCCGGUGGCUGGGAAAGCGAGCGGUGUGAUUGAUGAAACAAAGUGGUGUGCGCUCUGCGAGAGAGACGGCCACGAGAGCAUCGAUUGCCCGUUUGACGAUUAAAUGGGGCUGCAUAUCGACAUGAAUUUCAUGGUGACGGGCACCUAGAUAUGUUCUUUCACUCCUAUCUAUUUUUUAUUUUUUUUGCGACCUUCAACGCUCCUCCACUGUGUAAUGUGAGAUGUGCUCAUGGUACAGCGUGCCGGGUCUGUUUUGCCUAUUUUGUUUAAUCACCCUUUGCUUGUUUCAACAUCGGUAUAUCCAUUGAUCUUGGUCUUCCCUUUUUUCUAUCUCUUCACUCUUCUUCCAUCCUGUUGGCUAGUGUCUUGAUGCUUGACUAUACUCUUUAUCGGUGGCAGACGCCUUAGAUUGCCAGGGUUGUUUAUUAUUCCAGGGCCGCUUGGUCCAUGUGUUAAUAGCUUCAUGCUCCGUUCAGCUAUUUGAGUCUGUUUGGACGUUUUUCCCUUUUCUUCUGUUCACCUUCCCCUCCUUCUUUGUUUCUCAUUCUCUUCUCUUCUCUUUUUUUCUUUUUUUAUAUUCCUCGUUGAUACACUCGCCGGCUUACAUCCUUCGAGCGUUUGGACCUGAUGCAUUUAAUCACUAUAUAUAGGCCGCGUGCACUUAAUACAAUUGACAAGGAUACAGAGUCCUUUGUUCAAAAUAUGACCAUUGCUGUAGGGUAAAAUAGAUAUGAAUACAACACAAUAAAACAGCCCAACAAGCAAGAUACAAC